CUGGCUGGAGUGUGCGGCCGUUUGUUAGCAAGCGACGCAAUGGCCGGAUUGGGUUUGAAUGUGGUGACUCGGGGCAUACGUUACCAGCUUUCUGAUGUAGAGCAGAUGAGUACGAGUGACUUGCAGUCAUUGAUGGAGACACAACGGGACAGAAUUGUUGUUUUGGAUACCCGUUCUGAAGAGGAGUACAGAGUAAGUCAUGUGAAAGGAGCCAUCCGAAUCGACCCAAAUGUGCGAAGCUGGAGAGAUGUGUGUGCUUUAGUACCAAACAUCGAGGACAAAGACAAGAUCGUUGCGUAUUGUUCUGUCGGCUAUCGAUCAUCAGUUGUAGUUGCACGACUCCAGAGGCACAUGCAAGGGUCAGACAAUGUUCCUCAGAUGUUCAACUUGGAAGGAAGUCUCUUCAAGUGGGCAAAUGAAGAACGACCAAUGGUUAACUCUCACGAUGAUCCCACAUUGUACUGUCACCCAUACAAUGCCAUGUGGGGAAUGAUGCUCAAUUCGCAACUUCGGAGAAGAGAACCAGAGGCAAAGAGAACUUCUAAUAUUUAA